AUGGAUGCGUUGCGGAUUAUAUAUCCCCAAGCACAUCAAUACCUACUCGGUGUUGCUCCAAAAGAAAAAUGGGUGAAGGCAUAUUUCUCUUCACAUGUUUGUUGUGAUGUUAUCCUCAACAAUAUCUGUGAGACCUCUAAUUCGAAGAUAGCAAUUGCUCAAGAGUUGGCCAUUAUCACCAUGUUGAAGGAGAUUCGGACGAGUCAAAUGGAGAGAAUUCAGAUUAGAGGCCAGUGGAUCAAGACAUACGAUCACGUACUGUCGCCCGUUAUCAAAGAGAUUGUGGAUAAGUUGUACGUGAGGGCUUCUUCCUGGAGAUCAACAUGGAACGGAGAGGAUUUGUACCAAGUGUCGGGACCGUCAGCCCAGUAUGUAGUGAACAUGCAUGAAUUUACUUGCUCGUGCAGAUCAUGGCAGCUGACUGGGAUCUCGUGCACUCAUGCCAUCGCUACAAUCAACAAGAAUGAGAAGGAUGUAUCAGACUAUGUCUCCCGCUAUUAUUUACGGUCCACAAUGUUGAUUUUGUACGAGAAUGUCCUGUACCCAAUCAAUGGGAUGGAUAAUUGGUCCAAGACUUCUGACGUUGGAUUUGAACUGGCACCCCCGAGGACAAAGCGACAGCAUGGGCGGCCAAAGAAACUGAGGCGUGAAGAGCCCCAGGUUCGUCAUCAUAAGAAUGGAUCUUAG